AUGCUGAAGCAACUCACAAAAGAAGGGGAUGCUAGUGUUGAGAUGGGUCUUCAUUACAAGGGGGAGGUGCGAAUCACUGUCGAGGCCACAGCAACAAUCAAUCUUGGGGCUCGAUUCAAACCAUAUACCGUCAAGCUGAGCCCUCCUUCCAACCGCCUUUGGUACGCAUUCACGACCAUGCCCAAGUUAGAGGUUGAGGUUGAGCCUGUGGUCUCCGAUCGACAAAUUAAAUGGAGUAUGAUUCUGAAACCUAUCGAGUCGAUGUUGAAGGACGUUAUCACGGAAUCCAUUGUCCUCCCUAACAUGGACGACAUCCCUUUCUUCAACACCCAGCCAUAUCAGAUACGAGGAGGCAUCUUCGCAGACGCAGCCCGCAAACCCUUAUCAGAUGCCACUCGUAAACCCUUGUCACAGGUCGAUCCAUCGAAGCAACAGGCAAUAUCACCGGAGCCUGAACCAACAGUAUCACUUCCUGCUAUUGCUCUACAUGAACCUACCAAGGUUCCCUCUGAACCUCCUACUCCGCCCAAACGGAAUACAUGGUUCGGUUAUGUCAACCCGUCCCAAAAGUCCCUCAACAAGGAGGAUGAGUCGGGGCGCGCUCAACGGCAAAGCAUCACAUCUACGCGCGCCCCAUCUACAUCACCAUCACCUUCGCCGUCAUUUCCGCCCAGUCACUCUCCUCUUGUGGAGGAAUCCCCCAUCAUUCCUCCCGGGCAGCCGAAUGAAGGCACUUUAACUACUCAAUUACCUGGUACCCAGUCCCUAUGCACCUGUAUCACCCUCUGGUUCUCAAACGCUCCCAAGCUCCGUUCUCCUUCGUUUCCCCACCAAGCAACUCGAUCGGCUGACUUCGCCCCCAGCCGUUUCUUCUCGCGACCCCAAAAUGAUGAGGCAAGAACCGUGACCUCCUCGAAAGCUAGCACUUUGUUGACUCAGUGGAAGGCGAAGGCGACGGACAAGGAGGCGCUUAGAGCGUCGUCGAAGAAGAAAGAAGAUAAGCUAGUUGGUUCGCCACCAAAACAAACAUUCGAGGAAAUACGAGCUCAGGUUGAAGAACGCAGACAGGCAGAGCGACGGCGUGUCGAGGCCACUGCGCCGGGUGUUGGUGCCCCAACUCACCAGCCCGAUCUCCCCACUGGUUCAGAAGGCGCUCAGACUUCCAUAGUGAUUGAUGGUGGGUCUAGCCGUGGCGAGGCUGCCUCCGCUCCUACCGAACUUUUGCUAGAGCGGAGAAGCUCGAAUGCUAGUUCCUUCACAGGCGGGGUUUUUUCUAGUGGUGCAGACCCGAAUGUCCCUGCUUUGAAUGGGAAUGCUAGAACAGGCUCAUCACCUGGCCAAUUCAUUUCCCCUUCCCAGCCUAAAAUCACCACCAAAGUAGCCACUCCCAACUCGUCCCCUCAUCUUACACCUGUAGACUUACACUCAUCGCGACCAAAACCAAUCCCCUUGCACUCUGCACAGCCUAGUUCGGCGCCUAAGAUGUCAAUACCUGGCAUUCAUGCCUCACACCGUGGAGAAGUCCAGGCACUCGGAUCUACUCCGGCGAUGUCAUCGGAUUCUGCAUCCGCGUCGUCAUCAACGUCUACGCUCCCACAAAAAUUGCAAUCGAUACAGAACAUGUAUAAGAUGUUCGGCAACAGGAAUAGCAAAUCUACUGCUAAUGAUAGCGUACCUAAUUGUGGCGAUGGAUCCACGACCACUACAGGCUUAGGCCCAGGAUUAGCUCUUGGACCCGGAAAGCGCGACGCACAUGGGCUGAAGAGUCCCUACCUGGCUUCCCCAAUUCCUGAUGCACCGGUUGGCGCGCAAUCUAGUAUCAAACCCACAAUUGCAGAUGGGAUUAUCAUAGGAUCUUCGCACCCUGUCACAAUUAACCGCGGAAGUCCCUUGGACAAGAAUGACAUCCGGAGAGAUCCUGUAGCUGACAUUCCAUCCGGGGACAGUCCUCCGCUUCCUCCACGGCCUCAAUCUCAAUCCGUUUUGUCUGCAACUCCAGCAUCAAGUGAAGUUCGGCCUUGCACUCAGUCUCCAUCCAAAUCCUUCCAUGAACCGCCAUCUCAAACUGGACUCUCUUACUCGCCAGCCGAUGAUCAGGACACCCUCGGGGUUCCACGGGAUAACGAACUAUACACUGGGGUAUCGUGGAAAACCUCGAGCGCAGACGACAUAGCGGGCUUGGUACUCGCACAGGAGACAGAGGCGGGUUUGCCUGGAAAUGGUAGCGCUAAUCAACGGACUGAACUAGAACCAAAUCCUGGUUCCGUCGAAGGUGCCGUUGCAUUUGGUCGCAGCAGCGCUCACCCCCCUGAAGUACGGCGUGAAACGUUGUGGAUUCCCCCUCCAUACGACUCAUAG